UGGAAGAAACUGUUGGUUGACAAAGCCUGCCUUUGUGGUUGGUGGUUUGCAUCUCUCUGUCUCAUGCAGACAUCACAUCCUUACACGCGCACAUGCAUUGGCACAUCCCCUGCUAUUGGGGGCAAUCACUGGCAGGCAGACAGACAGGCAGGCAGACAGACAGGCAGACAGACAGGCAGGCAGACAGACAGGCUACACUAUAAUUAAUUCGUUGUCUAGACCGACACACAAACUUACUCACCUACACACCACUCGCCGAUAGAUGUAACUUCGUUUGCAGAGCUCGAUGCCACGCACACGCAUACCGUCGACUGCUCACAUACAUAAAAACCAGAGCGGCGCACGACACACACUCCCUCGCUGCCACCCACACACAUGUACUAGCUAAUUAAUUUUCGCUCAUGCCAUUCACGCCGUCAGCAGCGCAUCAGCGGGCCCCUUGCGCUGUGCAUCAUCAUCACCAUGGUGCGGCAUCGGCCGCACAUCGAGGAGGGCAAGGGCCUUGGACUUGACGUCAGCUGGCAGCUUGGUCAGCCCUUGCACCUGACAGACAGACAGACAGACAGAGGAAGGACAUCAAAUGCACUUGCGCGUGUGUGUGUGGUCGGUCGCACCUCCUUGAUAGCGUUGGGCAGUAGUGUAUCGAUGGCCUCUUGGACGAGCUGCGGUGCGGUGGCGGGGUUGUAUGUGAGUUUGAUGCCCUGGAGGGACAGGGCUAUCACACUCUGGUAAUCCUCCUCAUACACCUGACAACAUACACACACACACACACCUCGGAGUCAUGCGGCCCAGCGAUGGGGAAGAAGGGAGGGGGGGGGCGUCUUGCUCACCGUGGUGUUGCGGCCCCACUGAUUGUCCAGCAGCACCUUGACCUUCUUCGCACGUGACACCCUGAACACACACACACACACACACCAUGUGCGACCUCUCCGUUUCUCCCUCCCUGUGUGUGCUUGUGGGUCUUACAGUUUUGGGAAUCCCCUCCUCAGCAGCGGGGUUGCUGGUGUGAAGAGGGACGUGAUGGCCACAAUCAUCUCCUCUGUCAGCGGACGCAGGUCGACGAGCUGUGUGUUUGAAGCACACGCACACCCACACAAAGGAAAGAAGAGACGCCGCAAGUGUGGUGUGCAGCCAGCUUUCCUUCUGUCUCUCUGUCUGUCUAUCUGUCUCUCUGUCUGUCUCUUUGUCUGUCUGCAGGUAGGCCGGCAGGGCUUACGUGUACUGUCAGAGUGAGCGUCUCGCCAUCGUACGUCCAGCAGUCAGCCAAGCACCUUUCCCCCAGGUCAGCACGCUCAAUCUAAACACACAACACACACACACACACUCCUCCUCCUCCCUCUCCCUCCCCUGCCCCGGUCCACCCACCAGUCUGUCGCCGAUGGACACGGCCUUUGGCGGCCAAGUGCCCGCCACGCGGAUCUCAUACUGCCUCUCAGUCGGCAGGAAGGGCAGGACCGCGGGGCUUUUGGCUGUGCCUGGCGGGGAGAUGAUGAUGGCGUAGCCCUCAACGCCAGACGAGUAGCUCACGUUGGUGUACGCGAAGGCACCGUCCUCAUAGCUGUUCACACAAGGAAGGUCAGAACGACAGACAGAAGGGAAUGUGCAUGGGGUGUCUGUCUGUCUGUCUGUGUGGUGUUGCGUCACGUACCCCUGUGACCAUCCGUCGUCCUCAUAGACGCCUCCGAAUCCCUCCGUGUCGGUCUCGGUCAUGAUGCCGCCGGCGUAGAAAGUGAGACCCAGGCAGGACGGCAGCACAUUUGACGUGCGUAUACUCCUACAUAGAGAGAGAGAGAGAGAAAUCCAAGGCAGUGGGGUGGGUGGGUAAGGUGUGGUGCGUGUUGCCAGGAGGUGAGGUACCCUUGAGGCCCUUUGCAUUGGCUGUCGGCCCUCAUGCCGCCCACCGUGGGAAUGACCUGACCCACGCGAGCGAAGACGGGCAUCUCUGAGAGGUCAUAUGUCCAGGUCAGCUCGGCCGGGCCUUUCACACCGAUGCCCCACCCCACCUCUACACACACACACACACGGCCACGCACACACGGCAGGUCGGCACAAGUGUGGAUGAGUGAGUGCAUGGCCCCAUGCACCCUGACCGUAGAAGAUGCUGCUAGGCGGUAUCCAUAUCUUCUUCUCGGCGAGGCCGGUGGUGUUGUCGACCGGGGCGGUGACGGGCGCCACCAGCAUGUCGUCGCCGAAGUAAUACUGACCCUUCCCGUACCUGACAGACAGAGAGGGACAGCAUCAUGGCAACAGAGGGACAGAUCAGCCAUCGUGUGUGCUGUGUCUUACUCGUAUGCCUUGUCUUCCUGCGGGUCUUGGUAAUACAUGGGUCGCAGCAGCGCCAGCCCGUCGUCAUAGGCACGGCGGCCUUGCGAGUAGAUGUAGGGGACGAGCUCGGCCCGCCUCCUCAUGAAUGUGCGCAUGAUGUCGUAGUAGGUGUUGGGGUACACCCAUAUCCUCCGGUCGUUGCCGAACUCCUUGCUGGAGUGGGGCCGCAUGCAGGGCGAGAAGGCGCCCCACUGAAUCCAACGCGUGUACAUCUCGGCUGGGCACGGCUGCACACACACACACGCACACACACACACACACGCACACACACACACACACGCACGCACGCACAGGCAGACGGCAAUGCAUGUCUGUGGCCCCUGAAGGCGUGUCGCCCGUCUGGCUCACCUUGAGGUGUCCGCCGAGGUCGUGUGACCAGUAGCUGAAUAGCACGUUGGCUGCGGUGAGAGUGAACUGCACCUGGAACUUGAGCGACGCCCAGCUGGGGUUGACGUCGCCACUGAAGCCCAACGCAUACCUGACAGCCACGGACGGCACGGCCACAGAGAGAGAAACGCAAAGUGAAUCAGAUGGCCACACGGAUUUCUGCCGUGUGUGUGUGUGUGUGGACGUGCCUGUGGUUGCCGAGCCCGCCCCAUCGGCCAAAGAGGAUCGGCCGCCGACGCGUCUCGGGAGUACCCGACUCCAUACCCUGUACGCGCACAGACACAGACAGACCAUCAUCAAUAUGUCCUUUCACCGUCCGUGUCUGUGUAUGUGAAGGGGGGGGGAGGGGACAGUGCACUGACCGAUUUGGAGAAGUGUGGUUUGCUCCAGAACAGGUGGUUGAGCCAGAAGGUUGGGUUGACAUCCGGCUGCUUCAUCCAGGUCUCCCCCUGCUGCCAGUCCAGCCACCAGAAAUCAACGCCCUCCACCUCCCUCUUGGCGAGGGUGAUGUUGAACUGAGUGAGACAAGGAAAGAAGAAUAGGCAUAUCCACCCAUGCACACGAGUGAGUAAUGGCCUCUCUUGCAAGCACCGCUCACCCAUGCGAACAUGUUGUGUGGGUCGGACGGCUUGAACGGCACGAAUUUCCCGGAUGCGGGGUCGAUCCCCAUCUCUGUCGCCACAUCGGGAUAGGUGUCCUCCCAGGGCUCGAUGCCGCCAGCGGGAUGCUGAGACAGACAGACAGACAGACACACAGACACACACCGUCACACAGGCAGAGACACAGACAGAUGGACUGUCUGUCUGUCUGUCUGUGGGGCGCUCGUGUAUACCAGGUUGAGUGUGGUUGAGAGGCCUCUUCUGUCAAUAUAUUGGAGGAACUUGGAGGGGCUGGGGAACAGAGUGCGGUCCCAGGUGUAGCCUGCAAUGCAUUUAACGCACACACACACACACACACAAGGCAGGAAUGCACCACACCACCUGCUGCCGACUUCUGAGUGUCAACACCCACCCACCUGUCCAUCCCUUGGGUUGGUGCGCCUGGUCUCUCGAUGCGUUCAUCGCCCGCUCCUUCUCGAAACUCGGGUGCCAAUUCAUGUCAAUCACUGACAUACCAACCACGCAACCACACACACACACACACACACGACUCUUUCUCCCGCUACCCCAGCCCGCGUCCCCUCUGCCCCCACUCACCGAGCACGUCGAGUGGAAUGUCCCUCUCCUCAUACUCCUUGACAAUGUCCCGGAGCUCCACAUCGCUCCACGACCAGUAGCGCGAGUACCACCCGCCGUAGGCAUAUCGCGGCAGCAAAGGGAUCUUGCCCAUCAUCUUACUCAUCGCCUUAAGCGUCCCCUUGUAGUCGAUGCCGUCCGGCGACCCAUGGCCGAUGAAGUACCAGUCGCGUGUGGCAUGGCUGCGGGUGGGCACGUACCAGCAUGAUGGACCAGACUCGGGGUCCUCAUCAUAGCAGCACCCUCGACCCUGAGCAAACGAAAGAAUGAGCCACACCAUGAUGAUGUCUGUGUCAAUGGAUGCCUUCCCUUCACCCUUUUCGUUCACCGACCAGGCAGUCGAGCGGCACAAUGCUGUCCUCUCCGCAGCCCCGCCUCUCCUCCACCUUGACGGCCGCACACUCCUCGUCGCUCGCCUCAUCGACCUGAGGUCGCUCGUACCAGCCGAUGCCCAUGGCCUGCAUGUGCUCAGGAGGAGCGGUGAAGCGGGGGCGGUUGGUGUCGUCGACAACAGUGUAGCCCUGCGUCGACAGCAGACCAUAUGUGCAGUGGAGGUCGUAGCGGUCCUGGUUGGCGCAGUCCAGGUCAAGCCAGCCGUCAACGCCAUCUGCAAUGGGGAUCAAGGAGGGAGAAGUGGGUGGAUACAUAAAGUUGGGAGAGCGCGUUCUGUUCUUAUCCUUCCCCACCAACCAAGAGUGCGGACAGUGCCCAGCAGGUUCCCCUUGUUUGCGUCACCGACGCUGCACAGCACACAAAUGAGAAACACUGUCUUCAGAUAGAUCGGGUCGACCUUUCCCCUCUUCAGCAUGCCAUGCCCACCCACCCUUCUGGCUUCGGAGUCCACACGACAUCGCCCAUCGUCACACGAAGAUUCGACGGAGAGAACGCAGUCUGCGCACACGCACCCCAGCCAAACAGAAGACACCAGUAGUACCUUGCCCACCCCAAGAUCUCCCACUCCGCCUACUCACCUUGGUCCCUUGGUCAUACUCCAGCUUGAGCGCCUUGGUCGUGAUGGUCACCGUCGACCCAUUCCUCUCCACGUGAUACCGCGGCACAUCCAGCUUCCUGUUGAUGAAGGCAAACGUCGGCUCGUCCGUCCAGCGGCCGUCCUCCAUACGAAUGACGUCGUCCGUCAGCACCGUGAAGCGCGCGGACCCGGCUUGAACGAUAGCCGCUGGGUCCGCUGCGGCAGUACUCAUCGCUGAAGAUGCAGAUGCACGGGAGUGCAUGCAACUCAAUAAAGCGAGGGUGGACAAACGGAUGAUCAGCAUCGUUGGAGUGGUCAGAGCGCGAACGUCGGCCAAGACCUUUGACGUUAGGCGACGUAAGACGGACGCAGGAAAAUGGCAGAUUCGCGUGCCUGCGCAAGAUGCAUAAUCAACCUUCACCAUUGGGCCAAUUGGAAGGCGGAACUCCCUUCC